CGCCGCCACUUCCGGCCCGGCGGUCCCGGCGCGGCCGGAGCGGAGCACCGGCACUGAGGGAGUCCUGGCGCUGCGCACCGGCUCUGGGGCUCAGGCGUGGAAGAGAUAUUCCCAUGAUCUCUUGAAGUGGCCUGAGCAAGAGGAAGAGCCCUUCAUUAUCCCAGUGUGGGCCUGAGAGGAGGAGGAGGAGCCGUUUGACUCCUGAGAAGGAUGGAUCAAAACACAGACCCUUCACUUUCCAGAAUGUUUACUGGGUACGGUGAUCCUGACAGCACUGAAGUGUACGAAGAUGAACUUUAUCCCGAGGAGUCAUCCAGUGAGGAGAGUGUUGACAGUGAGGUGGAGUUCCAUCUCUACAGCCAGAUCCACUAUUCCCAGGACCUUGGAGAAGUCAGCACACUGGAAAUGGAUGGAGAAGCUGAUGUUGGAGACAUCGUGAGUCAGAGUUCAGGUCCCAGUGAGGAACAGGAUGAAGAUGAGAAGCUCACUGAGCUCACUGAUGGUGGCACUCAGCUUUCAGAAGAGCCUGAGGUCAUUGUCCUGUCCGACACACCAGAUGAAGACAGCAUCUAUGAAUGCAAGGCCAAGGUGUCAGGGUGCUCUGCAGCUCGAGGAAAAACCCUCGUGCACCCGGUGUCCUCCACACCAAACCACACCAGAGCUGCUGGCUGCGACCCCCUGUGUCCCCCUGGCUCUGGUGUGGGCACUCCAAGGAAGAAGAGAGGCAGCACUGGUGGGAGGCCUUCCCCAGGGCGUCCUGCUGUGCCUCAAGCCAUCCACGACGUGCUGGUGGUGGACAACAGCUCGGAGGAGGAGAGCCUGGUCUCUGACAGUGACCACGUGGAGAGCUGGAUGCUGCUGGGAGCUGGUGCUGAUGACAGGGAUGGAGACAUCAUGCUGAACCUCGAGGGCUGUGCCACUCCUGCCAGCCAAGGAGAAAUUGAUGUGGACUGGUCCAUCUCUCAUAAAGACUUAGAGGCACAGAUCUCCAACUACGCGGGCGCGAGGCACGGCAGCGUGCGGUACUACUCAGCCGCCAAAAACGUUACUUGUAGGAACUGCCACAGACCAGGACAUCUUUCCAAGAACUGUCCCACUCCAAAGAAAGUUCCCCCUUGCUGUCUGUGUGCAGGCAGAGACCACCUGCAGCACAGCUGCCCUGCCCGUUUCUGCCUGAACUGCUGCCUGCCCGGGCACUACUUCAGGGAGUGCCUGGAGAGAGCCUACUGGAACAAGCACUGCAACCGCUGCGACAUGAAGGGGCACUACGCUGAUGCUUGCCCAGAAAUAUGGAGGCAGUAUCACCUAACAACCAAGCCAGGGCCCAUCCAGGCAGCCAGCUCCCACCUGGAGCGCGCCGCGUCCCCGUACUGCUACAACUGCUCCCGCAAAGGACACCUGGGAUACGAGUGCUCAGAGAAGAGGAUGCAGGGGAACAUGUUCCCCACUUCUCCCUUCGUCUACUACUACGAUGACGAGUGUGACAUCAGGAGGAGAGCCAGCAGGCUGAAGAGGAAGGUGGCAGACCUGCAGGAAGCUGGCCUUCUGCCCGAGCAGGCUGAAACACCAGCGCAGGAAGAGCAGCCUGAGGUGCCCAGCCACAAGAAAAAGAGCAAACUUUGGAAAGAGCAGCAGGGGAAGCAAAACAAGAACAGUGAGCAGAAGAAGAAGAAGAAGAUGAAGGUGUCCCAGACAAAGAAAGCCCAGGAGAAGAAGCACAGGAGGGGUGUUGAAAUCCACUGUGAAGCAGAGGACUUCCCUCGGGGGUGCAAGCAGCGGGGCUGCAAGGGCAGCAAGGCCCACAAAUCCCUGUUCCAGGCAUUCUCAGGCAGCAAGGCCAUGUGUGUGCAGCAGCCUCUAGAAGGUGCCAAAAGGAAGAAGAAGUGGAAAAAGCAGAUAAAUGCCAGUCCUGACAGCAGGGACAAUCUAUUCCUUAUAAAACAGCGGAAGAAGAAGUCCAAACAGAAAUCCUGGUGAUGGCAAGGUAGCCCUGGCAUUCCCUGUCUCUGUCUCUCUCUAUUCCUGUCCUUCUCUUAGAAUUCCAGUCCGUCCCUGACCCAGCACCAUCACCCACAGCCAGAGGGGACCCCUCCACCUGUGGGCAGGACCCAGCACUCCUCAGUGUGCUCUGUGCUCGUUUUCUUUGCUUGGGGAUGUGGGGGCACGCUGGGCUUGGCAGGGUUUGUUUCCUCAGCAGUGAGAUGUGGCUGUGCUGCUGGAGCUGGGCUUGGCAGGGUUUGUUUCCUCAGCAGUGAGAUGUGGCUCUUGGAGCACAGCAGCUCUGGGGCCAGUGCCAGGGAGAUCUGGAAGGCAGGAGCAGGGUCCAGGAGGGCACUGGGCACUUCCCUCCCCCUGCAAGGGGCAGCCAAGCCUCUGCUUUGUGCUCUGGGGUGCAGCAGGCACCCACCUCGCUGUCCAGAGCAGUGCCACCAUCCCCUGCCCUCAGGGCCCCAUCCCUGGAGCAGAGUCUGCAUCUCACCCUGAAUCUGUCCUUGUUCCUUUUGAAUCUGUCCUUGUUCCUUGUAAGCUGUUUCUGGAGUAAAGAGGGGGAUAUGAAGAACAUGCUUGGUUCCAGUCACACUGUGCUAAAAUUUAAUUUUUUUUUAAAGACAGUUAUUUUUGUACACUGGAAUUCAGCAUGUUGUUUUAAGGUUUGUAAGAGUAAAAUGCUUUAUCACAGGACUAACACAAAUAAAACUUUACAUGAGGAAU